UGCUGCUCACCUGGAACAGCGCAGCGUGCAGUCAGACAGGCAGACAGACAGACAGACAGACAGGAGGACAGGCAGGUACACUGCACGGAGGAGCGGAGCAGGAAGAACGAGCAGGUCGACCUCUCCUGAUUGUUGCCUACUUUUUCCAUACUUACCCCAGGCGCUUUCAAACCUGCCCUGUUUCCAAUACGCGAUUAAUGUAUGAAAGUGAAGCGGCAGCAGAGGAAACAUGACGGAGAAAGGAAAGAAGCUGAUCCUGAUCGCGGUGGAUAUUCUCUGUGUCUUUGUUGCUGCUCUGCCCUCUGCCAUCCUGACUCUGAUGUUCUCUCCGUACCAAAGAGGAAUCUACUGCGAUGACGAAAGCAUCAGCUACCCCUACAGGAGAGACACCAUCUCCCAUGGAGGCAUGGCUGCCGUCACCAUCAUCUGCUCCAUUGUCAUUAUCACUACAGGAGAGGCCUACCUUGUGCACACAAAGCGUCUGCACUCCAACUCCCAGUUCAACCAGUACUUGUCCGCUCUUUACAAGGUGGUGGGCACCUUCCUUUUUGGAGGAGCCGUCAGCCAAUCACUGACCGACCUGGCCAAGUUCACUAUCGGUCGACCCCGUCCAAACUUCUUAUCCGUUUGCAAUCCAGUCAGCUGUAACGGAUACAUGCUGCAUAUCAACUGUACUGGCAACCCUCGCAAUGUGACUGAAUCAAGGUUAUCAUUCUAUUCGGGCCACUCGUCCUUUGGGAUGUACUGCAUGCUCUUUCUGUCGCUUUAUGUUCAGGCCCGGAUGCAGGGGAAGUGGACACGACUGGUCCGUCCGACCAUCCAGUUCUUCCUGGUGGCGUUUUCUCUCUAUGUUGGAUACACACGAGUGUCUGACUACAAACAUCACUGGAGCGACGUGCUCGUGGGUCUGCUGCAGGGGGCGCUCAUCGCUGUGCUCACUGUCCGAUAUGCGUCCGACUUCUUCAAAAAUCGCCCCCCUCGCUGCACGCGACAAGACACGGCAGAGGUUGAACACCUGGAGCGCAAACCGAGCCCGCAGCCUCCCGACUCGCAGCACGGAAACCACUACAGCUACUCUGGACCUGUAUGAGCUCCACACACACAGCUGCUUUUUUUUUUUUACUAACCUCCACUCUCUAACAGCAGCUCCUUACCAAAGAACUGUGACUUGUACAGACAACUUCAACAAACACAAAACGGCAAAAACCACUACCUGGUGAUCCUGACUAGACCUUCUCCCCACAAGUUUUACAGCUAUGAAAACGUUCAGAUUCCCAAAACCUGUUGGAACAGAAGCUCCAACGUCUCUGUGUCUUUUUUAGUCAGGGCGUGUGAUGCCAAAAUAUGUGAGUGAUUUUGUUGUGUGUGUUUUUAGAGUACAUGUGUAGCAUGUUGUCUACAAUUAUAUCUAUUUUAUGAUUUUUUUUUUUUUCUUUUUUAAAUCUGUGGUUUGAAAAGAGUUUCAGAUUUGAUGCUGUGAGUUAAACUGAAAAGUGAAAGCAAAGCCUGCUAAAGAGAUCUGUAAAUAAAAUAAAAACACCAACCAAAGAUUUCUUUGUGUCAUUGACUGGAGUGACAAAAACCUUUUUUCGAGGCUGAAUGUCUCAAAGACACUGGAGCUACAGUAUAUCCGCCAUGUUGUUUUUCUCUGCAUGUGUCUGUAUUUUUACUUUCUUUAAAAGAUGUGCAUGUGUAAUGAUGAUGGAUUGCUUUAAUGAUAUACAUGAAUAUGUAUAGUACUAACAUUUUUAUCAUGUCUGUAACUACUGUAUCAAAUAAAUUGUGUAGCCUUAAGAA